AUGUGUCUGCUUGAAGGCUAAGACCAAAUACUAGCUGGGACAUAGUUUGGUGAUUUAUAUAUGUGGAAUGUUGGCAAUAUAAAACACAAGUAUGAGUAAAGUAUACACAAUCUAAGCGGUUAAGAUGUACCAAUGCCUAGUGAUGAUUGGGGAAAUCCCUCAGAUUCCAAGAAUUUUAACUCAAACAUAGAUGCACCUACUUUUCCCAAAGAUUUAGAGCUUGUUAACUGUAGUAGAGCUUAUCAUAAAGCUAUUUCUGAGCAAUCUCAAAUAAAUCACAUUCUUAGUGAUAAAACCAAAGAUUUAGUAGUAAUUUCUCAUAGUCAAGGCCUGAUUUUACUAAAGAUGAGUUCACUAAUGAAUGGAUAAUUAGAUGAGUAUAAAUUUGAGUCUCUUUCUAAAAUAAAUCAAUGUGUAAGCGAGACAGUAUAUCUGCCAAGUAUUGGGAAACUUAUUAUAGCGGAGAUGAAUGGAAAUAUAAGUUUAUUCAAUUUAAGCACGAGAAAUACAGAAAAUACCUUGAAAGUUCACUCUAAAAUAAAUUGCCUUUGUAAAAUAAAUGAUACAACUAUUGCUAUUGGAGCAUCUGAUUCGAAUGUAUACAUUAUAUAGCUUGACUAAAAUAAAAGCAAAAUAUUGAUCAAAGCAAAGCUGUUUCAUUCAGAUCAAAUUCAAAAUUAUCAGAUUUCUACAAUAACUUAUGAUCAAAUUACACUAGCACUUUAUACAGGAGUUAAUGGUAUAGGUGUAUUCAAGUGGCUAUAUUUUGAUGACAUUUAAACACUAGUGAAAAUAUAUCCAGUUACUAGAGGACUUACUAUAAAUAAGAUCAUACUCUCUAAGGAAAACAACCAGCUCUUGAUUUCUUAGUCGAAUAACUAUAUUUUAAAGUAUGAUAUCGCAGCUGGAUUUAAUGGCUAUUAUGAGUCAACUUAGUUUGAAAGUAUCUAUGAUAUGAUUGUAGUACCAAUUGAUUCCUUACAUGGACAGAGCUUUUUGAUGAUUUCUGGUAAAGAAAGAAAAUCAAACAAAGAAGAUAGAAACACAGCUGCUGAAAUGAUAAACAUUCAGUCUAAUAGUUUGAUUAUGAAAAUGGGCGGUGAUUGUUAGCUGUGA